CGUUGUGGGACUCACUCGUGACCAACUUCACUCUCAAUUCCAGGAAAACAUUGCUCACUCGCGCAGUUGCUCGCAGUUCUCGCAGUGGAAGGGAGAGGAAGGCCAAGAUGUCGCUACAUUGGAGCCGGUGUUCGUGUUGUUUGAAUAGUGAAGCAGUGAAGGUGGAAUCUUGGACGUGCGAUGGGGGGUGGAGAUAUUUUUUGACACCUUCGGGAGCACACAGACUGUGAUUUUGUUGUUCCAAGCAACGAAUCAGCUGAUUCGUCGCGACCUUCAGAUGCCAGACACCAUAUAAACUCCAUGUGUUUGUGUGUAUACACACGAUCGAACAUUGCGAUAAGUGUUUUCGGGUGUUUAUUGUCACCGCGCAUGUUCCGUUCUUCUUAUUUUGUUGUCGUCUCCUUGUGUUGCGUUGGCGCCUAAAUUGAGACGAGACGGGAGUGUGUGGUGUGAGUGUUGGACAGUAUUAGACCGGUAGGACCGUUGCGGAAGAUUAUUUUCAGCCAGAGUGCCAGAGGCUUGAAGCGCUGAAUAAUUCAAAAACACUAUAAGCCAUGAGUGAACUCAAAGUAGAAAAUGAGGUCCCAAAAAUGGACGAGGAGGAGCAAAAAUCAAAAACAACUUCGCCUUAUAUGACAAUAGGAUCAUUCAGCAUGUCAUUAUUGAUGAAAAUAGCAGCUGUUGGAGUUAUUUGGGGAUUUGGAUACAUGCGUUGGAGUGUUGCUUGGUUACUACCUCCAGUGUUCCUCUCUGUAUGGAAAUACGAGACUAAUAAAAAUGAUGAGCUGAAAAGACUGACUGCCCAGGCGACAGUUCUAGCUAACGAGAAGGAUGUCAUAACGAAUAGAAUGAAUGAUUUACCAUCCUGGGUCUAUUUCCCUGAUUUUGAUAGAGCUGAGUGGUUGAAUAAAGUACUCUACAAAAUUUGGCCGGGCAUGAAUCACUUUGUGCGUAACCUCGUCAGGGAAUCGAUAAAGCCAGCAAUUGCAACAGCACUGUCGGAGUACAAAAUGCCUGGGUUCCAAUUUGAAAGAUUGGUAUUGGGUCGCAUUCCUCCAAAAAUCUAUGGAAUAAAAACAUACGAGAAAGAUACAUUUAGGAACGAAAUUAUAUUAGAUUGUGAAGUACUAUACGCUGGAGAUUGCGACAUUUCUUUCACCGUUGGCAACAUCAAGGGUGGCAUACGAGAUUUCCAGCUUCGCGGUAUGCUCCGAAUAGUCCUGAAGCCCAUGUUAACUGUAAUGCCACUCGUUGGAGGGGUUCAGAUAUUCUUUUUGAAUAAUCCAGAGAUUGAUUUCAAUCUCGUUGGUGCUGCUGACAUCCUCGACUUUCCUGGUCUAAAACAGAUACUUAGAAAAGUCAUCAAAGAACAAUUUGCACGUUUCCUAGUCCUCCCAAAUAAAUUGAUUAUUCCUCUGAGUCACGACAUUCCCGCUGAGAUUUUAAAAAUGCCAGAACCCGAGGGAAUCUUGAGGAUUCACGUGGUGCAAGCAAAACAUUUGAUGAAAAAAGAUAUUAGUGUUCUAGGCAAAGGAAAGUCUGAUCCUUACGCUAUUAUCAGUGUUGGAUCACAGGAAUUUAGAACAAAAACCAUUGACAAUACGGUCGAUCCCAAGUGGGAUUUUUGGUGCGAGACUGUGAUCGAUACAUGGAGUUUGGGACUAGAAGCUGCGAUAUCUGUUUGGGAUUGGGAUCCCAAUAUUCCUGGGGUUGAGACCGAUGAUUUACUCGGAAGAGCCACGACUGAAGUGAGCCGUGUCAAGGAGAAAGGAAUCAUAGACACAUGGUUCACUCUUGAAUUCGCCAAACAUGGGAUGGUUCAUCUCCGAUUGACAUGGCUAACACUCUCUAAAAAUCCUGGGGAUCUCCAGGCUGCUCUGAUGGAAACUCAACAGCUGCGAGUCACCUCCAUGGGCACUGCUCUACUGAGCGUCUUCAUUGACUCGGCGAAGAAUCUGCCCUGUCUCCGUGGCAGCAAGCAACCGGAUGUAUACCUCGAGGCAACUGUCGGCAGCAAAACCGAACGAACGUCCACGAUGCUUCGCUCCUGUGAUCCAAUCUGGGAGCAGGGCUUCUCCUUCUUGGUAGCUAAUCCAGAAACAAACAACCUGAACAUCCGAAUCGUCGACGAGAAAACGACAAGUGUCGUGGGGGUACUUGUCUACAACAUUGCGAAUCUCAUGACCAAAGUCAACAUGGAGGACAUGCAGCAGCCUUACGACCUCGUCAACGCCUCACCAGAUAGCAAAUUAAUCAUGUCCACGACGUUGAGAAUCCUGAAGUACGAAGGGCCUAAAAACGUCCCGGAGGACGAGGAGGACGAGGACAUUAAUUCGUUAAAGAAGAGGAUUGACAGACAGGAGUCUAAUAUCAGCGGUUCUCAGAGCAGCAGUGUGCCAUCAACUCCACUGAAGAAACAAAUGUCCAAGGAGUCGUUGCAGAGUUCGACGAAUAACACUGGGUCUGAUCAGGGAGGCAAUUAUCCCGGGACUGUUGAUGAGAGGAAUUACGAGGAGGAGACCAUCACACCGACGUAUGCGUCAGAGAGUAAUCUUCCGCCAGGGCUUCUUCAUCGAAACCCCAGUGUGAUGUCCUCGGCAGGCGAGUUUAAACUCGGAAGGAUCCAGCUGACUCUGCGGUACAGUGUUCCGAGACAAAAGUUGAUGGUUGUAGUGCAUAAAAUCUCAAAUCUGCCACUACCUCACAACGACCCCAACAACAUCCCAGAUCCUUAUGUGAAGCUGUAUCUCCUCCCAGAUAAGCACAAAGAAACAAAACGAAAAACAGCUGUAAUGAAGGACAAUUGUAAUCCCAUUUACGACGAACAAUUCGAGUACAUCGUAUCUCAGGGAGAUUUAAACUCUCGAACAUUGGAGAUAUCCGUGUGCACGCAGAAGGCCUGGCUGUCAGCAGGGACCAAAGUCAUGGGGCAGGUUCACCUGAAUCUCUCGGAGAUGGACCUCUCCAAGGCUACAUCUGCGUGGUACGAUCUCGUGCCAGAGGUCAAGGAUUAAAUUUCAGGAUGAUCGAGCUUUUUUCAAUUUUUAUAUGUGAAUCAAUAGUGCUAAACCAACUCUUUAUUUAUGCUGAUGUUCAUCACGACUUUUUCAAUCAUUUGGUCCAUCUAUCUAUUAUGUUGUUACAUGGCACUUUCUUAUCGUCACGGGUGUAGUAGUGAAUUGAUGAAAACAGAUGAGUUGGUUUACCCUCACAGCAAAAAUUCAUCCAAUUCUAUCUGUUCACUACUAAAACUGACCUUUUUACACUGUGCUAUAUAAAUUAUACCUACAGUGAUAAGAAUUGUUGAGAAACUUCAAAUAUUUAUGAGUAUUUUUUUGCUAUACACUUUCGUUAUUGAUGCAUUUUAUAAAUUGCCCUUCAAUGUGCUGAAAUAAAGAUUUAAUUAUCUUGA